AUGGCUCUGGGCGAGGGGAAGCGCUCCGGUGGCGGCGGCAGGCAGACGCAGCGGCGGGAGGGGAACGGCGUCGGCGACUUCGCCGGCGAAAGCGAAGACCUCGUCGCUGGGCAUGGGGGACGACGGCGAGCGAUGGAAAACGAAGAGGGGCACACGGGGAACUCGAUUGACGGCUCACCUUUGACGGCGCGGCUCGGGAAGGGGGUCGGCGACGGAGAGGCUUCAGCGGCGCUCGGCUCUUCAUCGGGGAUGGGGCUUCGGCGGCGGAAAGGCGACGACGAGUGGCGGGGGAGACUCUACGAAACUGCGAGUACUAGUGAAUCUCAUGAGAGUGGGAGCAACUGUGGUGGAUUCAACAAUGCUGAGGCAAGAAACGUUGCUCUGGAAGAGUUUUGGAAUGUAGCGCAGAUGACGUUUGGAAGCGAAGACGAGUGUUAUAGUUUCUAUAAUAAGUAUGCCAGGGGCAAAGGAUUCAACAUUAGGAAGGAUGUUGUGAGGCGUGAGAAAAAGGUUGGGGACAUAUUCUACAGACGUUAUCUGUGCUGUAAGGAAGGGAGUCGAGAUCCUGAACUAAGUGACAUCAAGAAUCGGAAAAGGAGGGAAAGAGCAAAAAUAAGAUGUGAUUGUCCUGCUCAACUCUGCAUUAGGCUUGACAAGGCCCGUGGUAUUUGGUUUGUUGACAAUUUUGUGGAUGACCAUAACCAUCGUUUGACAUCUCCAGAUGAAACUCCGUUUCUUCGGUCUCAAAGGAAGAUGACGGAAUCUCUGAAAUCUGAAAUUAAACUAAUGGAAUCAAUGGGCAUCCGAAAGCAUGUAAUAAUGGAUAUCUUGGAGUGCAGGUAUGGAGGAUAUGAUAAGGUUGGUAUUAUUAGGAAGGACAUUUACAAUUUCUCAUCUAGGUAUAAGAGGUCAAAAAGUGUGGAUGGUGAUGCAAAUGCUGCUUUAGAGAUCAUGCAGAUCAGGCGGGACAAGGAUCCUGAUUUCUUUUAUGAGUACCAGGUUGAUGCUGAAGGCCGAAUGAAAGAUCUUUUCUGGUGUGAUGCACAGUCGCGCAUGGACUACCAAUCAUUUGGUGAUAUUGUUGUGUUUGAUAGCACAUAUAGGAUUAAUAGGUACAAAAUGCCAUUUGUUCCGUUUGUGGGACUCAACCACCACCGCCAAACUACAAUAUUUGGUUGUGGUAUCAUAGGAGAUGAGCGUGUUGAGUCAUAUAUUUGGUUGCUUGGUGCGUUUUUGAGAGCAAUGUGCCAACAGAAGCCAAAGUCCAUAAUUACUGAUAGUGACAAUUCAAUGAUGAAAGCAAUCCGAUGUGUGCUACCAGUUUGGAACUACCGUGUAUUACAAGGGAGUGGAAAUGACAUGCCUCCAAAUGGGAGAGUUAGAUUGCUUACUAGUUUGUUGCCGAUCAGUAGGUCGUCGCUCUUGGCGAUCAGAACUCGCGAGAGCUAG